AUGAGGGCAGAAAGAAGUACAGUUAUUUAUCUUACAGGUGGUGUUUGCAAGCAGGAGAUGCUCCAGAAGAAGAAUGCUGUUUUGGUGGAUGGGGUCAUGCUAAAUGGUCCAAUAAUGGACUCAAAAGCAGGAGAGAAGUUUGUGGAAGAGGCCUGUAAGAUUAUAAUGGAAGAAAUUGUCCAAAAGGCAGAUGAUGUAACAGAAAAGGUGUGUGAAUGGCAAGCCCCUGAAACGCUAAAGCAGAUUCUUGACCUGGAAAUGAGGGACACUGGAGAAUGUCAUCAGAAGAUCCUGCAGCUCUGCCGUGAUGUUAUAAAAUACAGCGUCAAAACCAAUCAUCCAAGAUUUUUCAAUCAGCUGUAUGCUGGAAUAGAUUAUUACUCGUUAGUGGCUCGUUUCAUUACAGAAGCACUCAACCCCAGUGUAUACACAUAUGAAGUAUCCCCUGUGUUUCUGUUGGUGGAAGAAGCARUCAUCAAGAAAAUGAUUGAAUUCAUAGGCUGGGAAGGUGGUGAUGGUAUAUUUAACCCAGGUGGCUCUGUUUCCAAUAUGUAUGCUAUGAACUUAGCAAGAUACAAAUUUUGUCCUGAGAUAAAGGAGAAAGGGCUUUCAGGUCUGCCAAGRCUAGUCYUGUUCACUUCAGAAGAGUGCCACUACUCCAUGAAGAAGGCAGCCUCCUUCCUGGGUAUUGGUACAGAGAACGUGUACUUCAUCAAAACAGAUGGAAGAGGUAAGAUGAUACCUGAGGAACUGGAGAAACAAGUCCAGCGGGCCAGGAAAGAGGGGUCAGCACCAUUUCUUGUCUGUGCUACAGCAGGCACAACUGUGCUGGGAGCAUUUGAUCCUCUGGAUAAAAUUGCUGAUAUCUGUGAAAAGCAUGGCCUCUGGCUUCAUGUUGAUGCUUCUUGGGGUGGYUCAGCUUUGAUAUCAAGGAAGCAUUGCAGACUUCUUCAUGGUAUCCACAGGGCUGAUUCUGUUGCCUGGAAUCCCCAUAAAAUGCUGUUGGCAGGCAUCCAGUGCUGUGCUCUUCUGGUGAAAGACAACUCUGGCCUCCUGAAGAAAUGUUACUCUGCUGAGGCUGCGUACCUGUUCCAGCAGGACAAGUUCUACGAUGUCAGCUACGACACUGGUGACAAGUCCAUUCAGUGCAGCAGACGUCCGGACGCWUUCAAAUUCUGGCUGAUGUGGAAAGCACUGGGCACGACAGGCCUUGAGGAGAGAGUAAACAGAGCACUGGCUUUGGCAAGAUAUCUAGUGGAGGAAAUUAAAAAAAGAGAGGGAUUUCAGCUUCUUUUAGAGCCCGAGUAUGCAAACGUCUGCUUUUGGUACAUUCCACCAAGCUUAAGAAAAAUGGAGGAUGGACCUGAAUUUUGGCAAAAGUUGCACCAGGUUGCUCCUAUAAUUAAGGAGAGGAUGAUGAAGAAGGGCAGCAUGAUGCUCGGGUACCAGCCUCACCGGGGCAAAGUCAACUUCUUCCGCCAGGUGGUUAUCAGCCCGCAAGUCAGCCGAGAGGACAUGGACUUCCUGCUGGAUGAAAUCGAGCUUCUUGCUAAAGACUUGUAGCUGUAGCUCCACAGCAUCAGGUGCUGCUCAUGUGUGAUAUUUAUGGAGAGAGUGGCAGCAGCAUUCUGGUGCUAUUUUAUGAAAGGUAGUAAAAAGCUUGACAGGUAGUUUGGAAAYUGUCAUUUUACACAUUGGUGUUGAGAACUCUGCAGGUAGAACACCCCUUCACAGGAAAGUAUUUGCUGAUGGGGGCUUGGGGACAAGCUGGUGCUUCCAGCACCAUUGCUGCCAUUCUGGGAAGUGUUUCCUUGAGAAGGGAGCACUUCUGAAAAUGGUGUCUGUGUCCCAGAGAAGGCAGCUAUUURCUGGGUGCCUGUGCACAGUGUAGCUCAAACUGCAUGCAGGCAAAAUUCCUCUGAAGUUGUGGUCAGGAGUGGAUUCGUCAGCAAGCCUUAAGAUGCUAGUUAAUACUCUGUCAAUAUUUCAGUUUGGUUGGCAAUUUAAGUGAUGAGACUGGAACUUGUGAACUUCUGUGAAGAGUUCCUUGAGGCCCCUAGCUAUGUGGGUUGCCCGGGUUUUCUGCUGUGGUCACAGACAGUGGAAUGGGGCUCAGUUCUGUCACCACAUAGGGAUGUUUGCAGGAACCUCCUGCACAAAGC